GCACCACCCGGCUCGGCCCGGCCCGGGACAGCGCGAACGGACCGGGGCAGGGGCAGGCACCGGGAGGGUGUCCCGGGGCCGGGCUGUCCCCGCGCGGGGCCGAGCCGCGCUGGGCAGCCCCCGGCCCGGACCCCCGGCAGCGAUGGCCGCACGCAUCCUGCACCGGCUGCGGCACGCGCUGGCGGGCGAGGGCGGCCGGGAGGAGCCGGCGGGCGGCGGCGGCGAGGCCGAGGACUGCCCGGAGAGCUCGGAGCUGGAGGACGACACCGAGGGGCUGUCGACGCGCCUCAGCGGCACCCUGAGCUUCACCAGCCACGAGGACGAGGAAGAGGAGGAAGGGGACGGAGCUAGCGAGGAGCUGGAGGAACCGCCGCAGGCGCCGGGGCGUCCCGGCGGCAGCCUGCUGACCCGGCAGCUGCAGGAGCUGUGGCGGAGGUCGCGGGGCAGCCUGGCACCGCAGCGGCUGCUCUUCGAGGUCACCAGCGCCAGCGUGGUCAACGAGCGCUCUUCCAAGUACGUGCUCUACACCAUCUACCUGAUCCGCUCUGGCCAGUUUGACAAGGCCCCUGCCACCAUCGCCCGGCGCUACUCAGACUUUGAGCAGCUGAACCGCCGCCUGCGCUGCCGCUUCAGCUGCGACAUGGCCAGCGUUGCUUUCCCCAGGAAGAGACUGCGCCGGAACUUCACUGCUGAGACCAUUGCCAAGCGGAGCCGAGCCUUCGAACAGUUCCUGUCCCAUCUGCACUCCAUUGAUGAGAUCCGCCGCUCUCCUGAGUUCCUCGAGUUCUUCUUCCUGCCGGACCUGCAGGCCGCACAGCGCCUGACCUGCACGGGCAUGUACCGUGAGGCCCUGGCCACCUGGGCCAAUGCCUACCGGCUGCAGGACCGGCUGGGGGUCUGCAACUCUGGCCGCUUCCUGCUGACACUGGCUGGGCUGGCCGUCUGCCACCAGGAGCUGGACCAGCUCAGUGAGGCCCAUGGCUGCUGUGAGCAGGCGCUGCAGCUGCUUGAGACCCAGGGCAGCCACCCACUCCUGGGACCCUUCCUGCAGGCCCAUGUCCACCUGGCCUGGAAGGUGGGCAGGGACAAGCGGCGCUCGGAGGCCCGGCUGCAGGACCUGCGGGAAGCUGGGCUGCCCCUGCAGCAGCAGCCUUCCCUGAAGGAAUACCUGAUCAAGGAGCCUCUGGAAUGAGCCACCUGUGCCCACGUGGACGGGAGGGCAAGGGCUCUGGGGGGUUCACACCUGUGGCAACUGGGAACAGAGAGGGCAGUGCCGUGGGUAGCAGUGGGGCAGGGGAGCAGCAUCACAGUCCCACGGGCACCACAGCCCAUGUCUGGAAGCUGUCUCCUGAAUGCACUUUCUCUGUGGUUAGUCUGUCUUGCAGGGCUGGGGACUCAUGGGGGUCCACCACCCACAC